CGGCCAGGCUAGCCCACCACCGCCAUCGUCGCCAGCUUCAGCCUCUAGCUCACUUUCACGUGAGAGAGACGCCACCAUGGCGACUCGUAGCGGGCUGCUGCUGCCAAGCAGUGCCAUCCUCCUCGCGCUGCUGGCUCUUACCAUUUCCGCGACCGUCGCACAGAGCAACAACCUCGUCGCAAGCAAGCACAGCGCCGUGAACGUCGCUCGCCGCGGUCUGGUCCAGGCCUUGGCAGCCGGCGGCGCCUACUCCACCCUCGACAGCGACAGCGACGACCACAACGGUCACAACGACGAUGACCACUCCAGCGGCGGCUAUCACGACGGCGACGAUCACAGCAGCAGCGGCGGCUAUCACGACGGCGACCACUCGUCGUCGGACGACUACUACAGAUCGCCGUCCAAGUCGCCCUCGAAGUCUCCCUACAAGUCGCCUUCCAUGUCGCCCGUGAAAUCCGCGGGAAAGAAAUCGCCUGGAAAGUCGCCGAGUAGGUCGCCCAGCAAGUCGCCAGGAUACCGCGACGGCGACGACUACAAGUCGCCCGGAAAGUCACCGAGCAGGUCGCCCGGCAAGCCCGGCUAUCGCGACGACGACGAUUACUACAAGUCCCCCGGGAAAUCCCCUUCCCGCUCCCCCAGCCGUUCCCCCUCCCGUUCCCCCAGUCUCUCCCCCUCCCGCUCCCCCUCCCGCUCCCCCUCUCGCGGCUCCCCCAGCAAGUCGCCCGGCCGCGGCGACGAUCACGACGACGACUACUAUCACAAGUCGCCCGGGAAGUCGCCCAGCGGCGACGAUCGCGACGACUACCACAGCACCAGUUCUGUCGUGAAUCCCCCCGCGCCAGUUGACAUCGCCAAAAGCAGCUCUUACUCCACCCUAGACAGCGACGACGGCGACCUCUCCAGCGGCGGCUAUCAUGACGACGACGAUCACCACGACGGCGACGAUCACAGCAGCAGCGGCGGCUAUCACGACAGCGACGGCGACCACUCGUCGUCGGACGACUACUACAGAUCGCCGUCCAAGUCGCCCUCAAGGUCUCCCUACAAGUCGCCUUCCAAGUCGCCCGUGAAAUCCGCGGGAAAGAAGAAGUCGCCUGGAAAGUCGCCGAGCAGGUCGCCCAGCAAGUCGCCGGGAUACCGCGACGACGACGACUACAAGUCGCCCGGAAAGUCGCCGAGUAGGUCGCCCGGCAAGCCCGGCUAUCGCGACGACGACGAUUACUACAAGUCCCCCGGGAAAUCCCCUUCCCGCUCCCCCAGCCGUUCCCCCUCCCGUUCCCCCAGCCGUUCCCCCUCCCGUUCCCCCAGUCGCUCCCCCUCCCGCUCCCCCUCCCGCUCCCCCUCUCGCGGCUCCCCCAGCAAGUCGCCCGGCCGCGGCGACGAUCACGACGACGACUACUAUCACAAGUCGCCCGGGAAGUCGCCCAGCGGCGACGAUCGCGACGACUACCACAGCACCAGUUCUGUCGUGAAUCCCCCCGCGCCAGUUGACACCGCCAAGAGCAGCUCUUCUGGCGGAUUCGCGUCGUGGUUUGGCGGCCUUCUCGGGAUUGGCCAGUAGAGGAAAUUGCACUCGGAUUGUUGGAUCCAAGGUGGGCUGUGCGGGUGGUUUAUCCAAGUUGGAUCUGUCUGAGUCACUGAGCGUGCCACGUAUCAGGGGGUAGGAGGGGUUGCAAGGUUAUAAGUGGUGCUGUCGUUUCGGAUCUGUCGAGGAUGUCUCACAUGUGGGCUGUGUGGGUGGUUGUGUGGACUGCUGCUUAUUAUUUGGGCAGUGCUGGUGGUGCAUAUUAUUUGACAUAAUGGGAUGAUGACAUUUGG